CACCCUAUAUUGAAAUACCGCUUGCUAAAAACUCGCGGGCUCUUUACAAGGUGGCGUUUCACUCGAAGAGGAAAUUUUUCCUCUAGAGAGUAAGCCAUGAAAUUUUACUCCACUAAUAGCUUGUACAAGUACGCGUGGGAUCAAGUCAGUGCUGCUUAUUGGAGACGAUAUCCCAACCCUUGGAGUAAACACGUGCUAAGUGAAGAUGUCGUAUCGCGAGUCGUCGAGGAAGAUAAAUUAAAAACUAAGCGUCUCUUAACUAAGACGAAUAGACUUCCAAGAUGGGGGGAAAGGUUUGUCAACUCUAGAGUAGCAUGUAUAAUAGAGGAGUCUGUUGUUGACCCAGUAGCCAAAACGCUCACUACUUACACAAGGAACAUCACAUUCAAAACACUUAUGGUUGUUGAGGAAAAAUGUGUAUAUACUGUCAGCCCACAAAAUAAGGAAUGGACAACCUGUGAACGUCAAAGCUGGGUCACAUCUGGAGUGUAUGGCUUUGCAAGGGCUAUCGAAGCAUUCGGAAUUGAAAGAUAUAAAAACAAUGUGAAAAAGACAAGCAAGGGAUUGGAAUAUAUUCUAGAAAAGCUUCACUCCCCUGAGCGACCUGUCAGACCACUUCCACUCCCUUUACCCCAAGGGAACAUGCUGUAGCAUUGCACUAGUACUAUCCAAAUGAACUAGCUUUGUAAAUCCAGGACAAUGUACUACUACUGUAAAGAAAAUGUAUCAUCAACUUCACUACUUGUAUCAGGUACACUCUGAGGUUUUUCCACCUCAUUGACAUGCUAAAGUAUUCUUGUUUGUACAUCUUACAUAAUUAAGGAUAUUGAAAAAAGGUUUGGUCAAUUUUAAAUUUUGUAUUGAGUUAUUCUAAAGCUCAUUAAACAAUUGUCAAUAUG